CGAAAUCUGAGCUCCGUCUCUGGUAGUAGUGCUACUUCGCACAGCUUCUGUCACACCUCGGAGGGGAGGACAGCUUCAACAGCGACCUUUUUGCAUAAUGCAGCAUUUAUAUUUCAGGCUGUGCGCAGUUCAGGACGCAGUCGUGUGACCAUUUGUCAUUUGUCAGUUGAAGUAAACGAGGCAGUAAUAUUCGGUCUUGCGCUUGAGUGCUGAAAGUGGAUUCUUCGAGGUCACCAAAUUGGAUUUUUCUUCCCUUCUGAUGUCUUUACUCGCACUAGCUACGAUGAUCUCCGUUGAUGACCGCGUCUCCAUCUGAAGCGGCAGCAGCGACUAAAGACGCCUUUGGGAUCCUCUUGAAGAUUAUUCUGCUUUGGCAUCAGCAGUGCGCUGUUACGGACACUAUCGGCGGCUGUUUGAGACCUAUCCAGUGAUGUCUAAGACACAGAGAUCUUCCUCAAGAACACAUUCACGCUCAGCCUCCAGGUCCAGAUCACGCUCUGAGUCCCACUCCCACUCCAGAUCUCGCAGCAGCUCCCGCUCCCACUCAAGAAAGCACCGCUAUGGCUCUAGAUCACGGUCUCGGUCAAGAUCCCAUUCUCCAGCACAUAACCGGGAACGGAAGCACCCACGGGACUUUCAGAACCAUCGUGAGUUCCGGGGCUACCACAGAGGCUUGCGGAGGCCUUAUUACUUCCGGGGGCGAGGCCGGGGUUUCUUCCGUGGCCGUUUUCAGCGUGGAGGAGGAGGAGGAGGGGGAGGAGGAUACAAUAACAGGUCAAACAACUGGCAAAACUUUCGGCAGUAUCCACAGCAAAAGCAGCAACAAAAGCAGCAGCAGCAUAACCACAGCCCAAAAAGGGGGCGGUCUCGUUCACGCUCGCCCAAGAAAAGUUCAAACACCCCUCCUCAGUCCCGCAGCCAUUCCCGUCGCUCUGACAGGUCUUCUUCACCACAUUCACAUCACUCCUCUUCCUCCAACUCCUCCAGACAAAGGUCUGGUUCUGCUAAGCACAUUUGCAAAGCUGCAGGAGAGGGUGUGCCUGCACCUAAGGAAAACCUGAAAAAUGGAAAAGGAGAUGAGAUAAUCGUAGAGCAAGCACGGUGCCCCUCAGAAACAGAGAGGGGUCCGGUUGCAGACAGAGCCCCUGAGACUUGUCUGGUCCCCAGUAACCAUGACAGCAGCCCAAAGAGGGCCAGUCCACAUGUUAAAUCUGCUGUUACUGUUGGCCAGAGUGAUAUGGCCACCAGCGAAUUUGGGUCUAUGCCUGUGAGUUCAGGUGCAACCAGCAAUGGCUCCACCUGCUGGCAGACUGUGACCUCUGCACCAUCUUCCAACAGCCUGUCAAAGAAGAGUCCGACUACAGUUUUCUCAAGCUUUGGGCUUUUUUCAAAUGCUGACCAUCCAGAUGAGGAUACAGUAGCCAUCUCUUUGGCAUUUAAAAAAUUCUUAGAGGAACAGAAGAGUAAAAAGCAGGCUGCUGCAGAGAAUGGUAUACAGAAGGUGGCAACCAAUGGGGAAGCAAUGGGAGAAAAAAAGAAUACCAAGUCUGAGGGCAUCUUUGAUCAUUCCUCUGUUCGUGGGGCAACCAGGUCUGCAGAUAAUGACAAAAGGGAGAAUGAGAAAUACAAACACGAUGACAGUGUUAAAACUGACAUGCCAUCCAGUAGUUUCUUGAACAGGCCCCAGUUACUUUGUGAAAACAGAGAGGAAGACAAGGAUGAGCAGACAGAGUCCUGUGUACAGACAAGGGACAUGCAGAAUGCCACUACCAAGCGCAAAAGCAAAGUGGCGUUCUCUGCUCGUGAACUGUUUGAAGAACAUGUCAGCAGGUUGGAGGACAUAGCAUGGGAUGAUGAGCUUGAGGCUUUUCUGCUAAGUCGGAAGCAGGAAAGAGCUGCAAGCUUUUUGGCUGCUCUAUCUAAGAGGGAGAAGCUUGCACGUAAGUUUAGGGACUUCUCCCCUGAGAGGCCCUCAAAAGUGAAACAAAAGGAGAAAACUACAUUGAAUCCCUCUCCCACAUAUGCAGCAGCUCUUUCUCAAAGGAGCUCAGAGAACCGUGACCAAGAGAUAUUCUUGAAUAUGUGCGAUGAGUCCCCUCCCAGACCUUCUGGGAAAAGAGGAACGGAGCUGAGAAUGGACUCUCUUAGCGAUGACCUGGCAAGAUCCUCCGUUUUGUCUAAUGAUUGGAGGAAUGCUAUGGAUUUUGUGCAUCCUGAUAAAAAGGAACAGGACUAUCACUCAGUCUUCCAGCACCUCCCCUGUAAUAAUUUACGCAGGAGCCCCUCAGAGCUCUUUGCUCAGCAUGUAGUUGCGAUUGUCCAUCAUAUUAAAGCUCAACAUUUCCCUUCCUCCGGAAUGACUCUAAACGAUCGUUUUGCCAUGUACCAAAGAAUAGCUGCUGAGAAAGAAAUGAUGAAGCAAAGAAAGAGUCCAGAGAUACAUAGGAGAAUUGAUGUUUCUCCCAGUGCUUUUAAGAGGCACUCUCUCCUGUUUGAUGAGUUGAAAGGCUCCGUGGAUAGCAGCUUCAAGGUUGAUGGUAAACAGCUGAAGGGUGAUUCAAUGGACCUUCGAUUGGAUAUUGAGCGACGCAAAAAGUACUUAAGUGGAGAAACAAAUGACAAACAGGAAGGGGCAGGAGAAUCUGGGGAAUCUGAGUCAGCUGUGGAAAGAUCCACUGAGAAAUGCUCCAAACACCACAAAAAAUCAAAAAAAAGCAAGAAAAAACGAGUGUGUACUCAUUCUUCCUCCUCCUCUUCAUCCUCCCUUUCUCAAGAGGAAGAGGUUGAGUUCAUGGAGGAGGGCUUCAGUCAAGCUCAGCUGCAGCUCAGAGAACACACUGGGCCCAUGGAGAGAGAUCACACACAUGGGGGAUUUCAGCAGUUCAGAGUAAAGGGUAGAGGAUGGAAUAGAGUGAAUUCCUUUGGAAACAAUACUAAUGGCAAUAGCAAUGCUUACGUGCCAGUGCAGCCCAAGAUCGGGGACUGGGGCUCAGGGGAUAUGCCCAAAAGCAGGCAGUUCUACCUGCAAGACAGAAAGGAUGGUGAGGGUGAGAGGAAGUGGGCAGAGCCCCGAGGGCGUGGUCAGGCCAAUAUCCCUCGUGUAAAGGGCCGCUUUAUCCUGCGGAGGCCCACCUGUUCCAUCACCACAAAUAACUCUAGCUCUAACUGGAGCUAUGGGAAGUUCCAGGGCAGUGGUGAGGUUGGUGAACAACCAGGAAGCAAAAUGGAGCAGAACCAUAAAGAGCAGCACAGUGCAUGAGUCAUAUGCAGCAGGUGGUGGUAAGGAUUAACUACCAGCUUUGCCCCAACUCUGUUACCCUGGGUGGAUAAGACUCCCCACCCUUCCACACACUGGUGGACAGGACCAGGGAAUUGUCAUACACCAAUGUCACAUGCUAUUAUCAAGUGUGUAACACUUCUGUACAUAAAAGUGUGUGAUACUGUCUACUUGAUAGAAAACCAAAAGAAGCCUAGCUAUUUCUUUACUAGGUACAUUUAAAUGCAUUUUGUAAAACUAUGCAAUUUUAGCACUUUUUCCUCAUUAAGAUUUUAAACACCUGUUUGUAGUAGGGUAUUAGAUAUUUAGAUGCACUCAAUUACUAUGCAGUGCAAUUGGGGAUGAUUUUGCUUUUCUUUUUUAUAUUGACAGAUAUGCAAUUUACUAACAAUGGCAUUUGGGAACUUAGGAAGUUGGGGUACAGUAAGUUCCUCCAAGUCUGGAUAUUCUGAGCUUAUUUUGCUCAGAUAUUGUAAUUUGAUGCUAAUUUUAAGGGACAUUUUCUCACUGGUGUUUUAAAAUCAAUAUGAUUCCAUAUUGAACAGAGGUCUGGCUCCAUCAUAGAUUCUUGUGGAUUGACAAAUCAAAUUAAAGUCAACAUCAGUUUGAGCAACAUUAUGCAAGUUAUCACUGACUUCAUUUGUAGUGUUUUAGUGUAUUGAAAUGACUGCUGUCAUGCAUAUUCCUUUAACAAUGUCAAGAGAUUCUUACAUUUCAAUGCUCUCAGCGUCUACUACGCAUAUCCAGGUUAUUGAGUGUCCGUGCAGUGCAUUUACAGCUAAUUCAUUACUCAUUCAAUAAAUAUUUGCAGUACUUACAUCCACAUCUCAGUUACUGUGUUGAUUACGUAUUCACUUUUGGUGUCCAUGGCUUGGGUUAUUGGGAGAAUGGGGGAAAAAGCAUUACGUUGAUGAAUGAUUCAGUCUUAACUUGGGACCAAACAACUGCAGGUAGAAGUUCAUGUCCCUCUGACUGACUCUGUGUUGAAGGAAACUGAUCUGCUCUGUCUAUUGUAGACCCACUCAGCCAACAGCUACAAUGCCUGCCAGCUAUGUACAUUUCGGACUGGAUUGAUAAAGGACUUUAUCAAGGACAAGGAUGUGUAAACACCCCAAUAAUUUAUCUUUAAAACUGGCAGGCCCAUUUUUGAUACUGCUGUCACAAAGACCUUCAAACAAAAAACAGAACAAUACAUAACCACACCCACCACAUAGGUUGUUCGACGUAAGAAAUUAUCUUCAAGCAUAGAAGAAGAGUAACAUCAGCCUGGCAUUUCUGGACAAUAUAUGUGUAGUGCACAGACUGUCGCGUCACUGUGUUUCUAGAUGACAAAUUUUAAAAUGUGUAGAACUCAUUUUUUUGUGCCUUUUUGAAAUGUUUUGGGAUACAGGCUUGUCAAGUGGAGACUGAACUUCUUAGUAAAACUUUACUUUUUUUUUUUUUAUUGAAAAGAAUAUAUUGAACAUACCGCAACCCUGAUGGAGAAGCGGCUUUGAAAAUGGAUGGAUGGAUGGAUAUUGAACAUAUUGAGAGUAAAACAGCACACACUCCCGUGUAAAAAAAAAAACAAGCCAUGCCCAAAAUCAGACACCGUUAAGCUUUUAAGGAUCUUAACAACAAAUCAUUACAAAAAAGGUCAAAUAAAAUAGGACAGCUUUUUGCUUUGAUUUCUUUAAAUGUUGAAGUCUUGUGGGUAAACUUGUAGACAGUCUUUUACAGAAAGAAAAGUCAAUAUUGUUCAGCAUAUUAACACUCAACAUUGAUGGCUUCAAACAGUUGAAAAACAGUGCCAAGCUAGGUUGUAUUUAAUAUGAGACCAAAUAUUCUCUACAGGGUUUAAAUCGGUACUCUGACUAGACCAAAACCAUCAGUAACCAUAAUGGGCUUGGCCCUUUUUUUCUUUUUUACACGGGAGUGUAAGCUACAUCUUUACCCUAAAAGGGUUUUUGCUUGGUAAAGUUCUGGUUUGUACUGUGUUGCUGUGCUUAUUAUGUCAAUUUACAAAUGUAUUCUUAAGAAUGUUUCACUUUGAGAAUAUAAUAAAACUGUUUUCACACA